GAGGGCGAACGUGAGUUCGCUGAUGCGGAUUGCUGCUGUCUUUCUCCGCAGAGGAAAACGACGCCGUUAGCGUAAACUUAUUAUCGCCUGAGCUAAAACCAGCGACAGCGGUUUGUUUUGAUUUCGGAUGCCCUGCUUUGUCUCGACUGCCCCAGAUGGAGGAUCAUAUUUCCAAGCUGAAAAGUUUCUCAAAGAUGGACUUAAAGUCAAAACAGAAGGUGAUAGCCGAUGGAAGACCGACGCCGCAGCUCAAAGAUUUACUUCAGAAUGACAACCAGAGGGUGACUCGCACCUUCCAGAAGGAUUGGUACUCCCGGGUGGAGUGGCUGUGUGGCUGCGCUGUCAAGCAGCGGCUUUUCUGCUUCCCUUGCCUUCUGUUCUCCCCCUGUGCCGGCGUCUGGACCAACCAGGGGUACGGCGACUUGAAGAACAUCCACAGAGGCAUCAGCAAACACGAAAGAUCCAGCAUUCACAUUCAGAACCAGAUUGCUUUAAAGACCUUCGGGAGCUCAACCGUCGAUUUGGCGUUGAGCGAGCAACGCCGACUGGACAUCAGCACCCACAAUGCGAUGGUAAAGGAAAACCGGGAGGUGCUGAAAGACCUCAUCAACGCAGCCUGCUUCCUGGCCAAGCAGGAGCUGGCAUUUGGCGGCGAGGAAGCAGUACGACCUUCCAACCGAGGCAACUAUGUGGAGCUGCUGCACGCCUUUGCAGAGAAAGAUGAGAGGUUAGGCAGACAUUUAGAAACAUCGCCUGUGUUUUCCGGCCUGUCUAACAGAAUGCUGACGAAUUUAAUUGAAGCGGUUGCUGAUGUGCUCAGACAGGACGUCAAAAAGGACAUCGGCGCUGCUUCAUUUGUUGCUGUGGAAGUGGAUGAGACCACCUGCGUCACCAGCCGAGCUCAGGUGUCUGUCGUGCUGCGCUACGUGACUUUGAAAGAGGACGUCCACGAAGUGAAGGAGGUGUUUCUGGGCUUGGAUGACCUGAGCGACGACAUAGCCACCCACGUCCUGGGAGUGCUGGAGAAGCACAACUGCGUGGAGAAGUUAGUGGCGCAGAGUUACACGUACGACGGGGUGACCGUGAUGGCGCCGCAGAUGAACGGGGUGCAGGCCAAAAUUCGAGAGAGGGUCCCCGAGGCCAUGUUUUCUCACAACUACGCCCACAAAAUGAACCUGGUGCUGAUGCAUUCGGCAGAGUGUAUGCCCGAGACGAGAACGUUUUUUAAAACGGUCGAGGGGCUGGGGACGUUCUUCAGCAGGUCUUCCAAACGCGCCCACUUGCUGGAUGACGUUCUGCAGCGACGGUUCGCAAGACCGGCGCCCACAGAAUGGUUGCUGCAGACGAUAAUCAUGCAUCUUGCAGAUCUGCGUGCCGUGUUGUUCAUCAUAAGCCAAACUCCAGACUGCUGGGAUAUCGACACGCAAAUGAUGGCGGCGGGAUACGAUCAGUGGCUGUCAAAGACGUCCACGUGCUUUCUGAUCAUGGCGUACCAGAGCAUUUUCAUUGAAACGGACGCCCUUUUCAAAGUGCUGCAAGACAAAGUCAUGGACACGGCGUAUUGUUGCGAGCGCAUCCUCGACACGGUCGCGGUGAUCGAAGGCAUGAGACGCGAGUUUGGCGUGUUCUACGAGAGGUACGAGCAGAAAUGUGCCACGCUGGGCCUGACGGACGAUGAAAAUCCACAAUGGGUCAGAGACGAGCGGGCGAAGAUGUAUUUCAAUAUUCUGGACAACAUCAGCGUUCAAAUGAGGGCCAGCUUCGACCACUUUGGCGAGCUCGCCUUCCUCGGUUUGGUGGAUUGUGCCAAAUUUGGCGAAAUGUCAAAAGGUUUCAAUGACGGCAAAUUGCAGAGCCUGGCAAAGUACGCGCGAUUCUUUGACCUGGAAAGACUGAGGUCCGAGCUCGUCGGACUGUACGGCUCACAAGCGGUGAGGAAUACGUGCCAGUCUCCCGGGCAGCUUCUCGACUUCCUGGCCCAGAAGGAUCUCGUACAGACGGUCCCAGAGGCCACCAAGUUACUCCAGCUGGCUCUCACCAUCCUGGCGACGGCAGCGUCGUCGUCCUCCGCACUGAAGAGACUGAAGUUGCAGAGUCACAUUAGGACAGAUCAGGAGAGACUCUCGUCUUUGGCGAUUAUCGCCAUGGAGGCCGAGAGAGUUUCCAAACUCAAAGAAAACAAGGAGGACUUUUACAACAAAGUAACGGAGCUGUUCGCGGAGAAGGACGAGCGCCUGGACUUCAUAUACAAAUAAAAAGGGAGCCAGAAGACCCGGAGCCCAAAGCCCAGAGGGAAGUUGACGUCAUUGCAGUGCCCCAAUGAAUGCGUUGCUCGGACGCAAUGCCUUAUGGGAAAACUUUGAACUCAGAUUGGGACAUGUUUGUAUAUUUGUGUGUACACCUUUUGAGUAUUAAGUUGCUGUGUGAUGAAUUAGUAAAUGUAGCUUUAAGGAAAAAAGCGGCGGCUCGUAUACCGGAAUUUACGGUGAUUGAAUACCAGCAUUUUACUUUGAUUGGAUAAUCAAUUAAUUGAUGUGUGCAGCUCUAGAAAACCACUAAAAAUGCAACUGAGGGUUACAAAAUGGACACUAAACAAACCUUUAUGGUAGAAAGCCGAGUGACCCAAAGAAUCCACAAAGUCCUGCUGCAGACGUGGCAUUUAAUGAUGAAAGUCAUGUAAAUAAUAAAAGUGUACACCUGUUCUACAUGAAAUAGAUCCUUCAAUCAUUUCUCCUGUGAUCCAUACAGAAAUUAAUAAGUUAGAUAAACUUGACCUUCUUAGGGGGGUGUGGGUGCGCCCCCAGAGACAAUCAACCUCUAUUGUUGUCGUCGAACAGGGUCGCGCACGCAUGUACAUCCCACCGCGAUGAGGCGGGGCUCCAAGCGGAAGUGGUACCCGGACUCCGUCCCCUUGGACUUGAGGCGAUGCAGCAGCAGCACCUGGUGCAGGAUGGGGGCCGACUUCAGCUUCAGGUCCUCCACGCCGUCCGAGUCCAGGCAGCCUUGCAGGAGGCAGCGAGCCUCCGACACGGGCGGGAACACCGAGGCGUCGUGGGAGUCGCUUGACCGGCGGGGCGGGGGGAGAUGAGACAAUCAGCGGCGUGCUCGGUUACCACGGCAAUCAGUGUGUGACCCCCCCCUACUUGUAAGUCCACGGUGAGAUGGAGUCGUUGUGCAGCGGUCGGAACGGUCGGGAAGAAAUCAAGAGGUUUGGGUUGAGCUGCACGGGGACCGUUUCCAUGGUGGGACCAGAGGACCCCCUCCGUGUCCUCGCCGACAUCACCGUCUCAGACAUCAUCACCACCUGGAGACAUCACAUGACUACUGGGACUACGCCACAUUAAGAGACAAGGAGCUGCAUAUGUCGGGGGGGGGGGAUGCAGUCUCAUUUGCUCGGUCAAUUACAACAGAAACGUAAGAUGUGGUGAUAUCGUAGCAUCUGUUCACGUAUCGCAUUGGUUUGCACAGAUUUCAUGUAUAAAGUGUGUCAAAGCCAUCAAGGCCUUGGUGGAGAAAGUUCAGACACCCCCGACACGUUCAAGGGUUGAUUACAACAGGAGUUUCUGCCUCAUUGUUGACUAUUUCAUGUUUGCAAGCGUCCCAUGAAAGGAAACGUUGAAAUCGUCAUUUCCACUCUGUGUCUUACCGUCACGACGGCGGCGUUGAACGACCAAAGCAUCCUCGUCACUUCUUCGAAUCUCGGCAGCGGGAUCAGAGGCGCCCCCCGGCUUCUGCUGGAGGUUGGGGUGUGUGAAUGACAAAGCGAUGGCGUCCCUCAGGGACCUUUAUCCUGAUCGCUGCUGCUGAUGUCAUCUUUGAUCCUCCUCGCUUAACCACACCGCCGGUCGGCGUGACAAAGCUCGACCCACUUUCACAGAUGUGAAUGAUUCUAGGUCAUGUUCAUGGCGGUGGUUCUUGAUCAAAAGGUGGUGUCGAGUGAAUUCCGGGUACCAUUGGGCGAGGCGUCGAUUGAUCACUUCUUCAUUGGCACGUAUAAUAAACACUUCAACGUUACAUCAUUCAACUUUUAUGCUUCCUCUUGACGACACAGCCUUCACAUCAUGCCAGUCUUUCCGUCUCCACCUCUAGUGGGCGCUCCUACAUCCGCAGGCUCAGCCAAUAACGCCUUGACAUCAGAUGUGACCUUUAGACGUAGCGAUUCAACCUCCAGCCUUCAUGACACAACAUCUCCUCUUUGUUUAUGUAGCCUUUUUUUCAUUACUCUUACUAGUUUUUAUUUUUAAUGUCUCAUUUACCCGGGUAAAAUCCUUCCCCCGACCCCAAACUUUGCCUGAAAAAGUACCUGGUGGCGAGGUGUGACAUAACAGUUGUUGGUGGAAGACACCGGCAGUGUUUUUAUCCACCCGCUGUGUCAUUUAUGAUCCAUGCCUCAUUUGGAUGUCAGUGCAACCUCGCUUAGCGUCAUUAGUUUGUUGCAGAAGCUCUCAUUCCAGCCCAGCGGGGGCCAAAGUGCGGCACAUUUUAAAAGUAAGAGUUUAACAAGAAAAAGGAAAAAGCAGGAAGAAAUACUGAGAAUUAAAGUUGUAAUCUAAUGAGAGAGAAAAACAACUUGACUAAGGAAAAGUAACAAUUUUAGUAGCAUAAAGUUGAACUAUCAAGAAAAAAAAGACUUUAAAAAAAGUCGUAAUAUGAGAAAUAAAACAAAGUUGUGGAAAAAGUUCUAAGGUCCAAAGCUGUGGAACACUCUCCCCCCCCUCAUGUAAAAACGGCCCCCACAAUUGAAAGCUUUAAGUCUCGUCUUAAAACCCACUUUUAUUUCUCUGGCUUUUAACUCGGCGUGAGUCGUGUGGUCCUCUGUGUCUUUUUUUUUGUUUGUUUUAAUUGUUUUAUUUAUUUUAGUUUUUAAAUUUAAUUUACUUAUUUAUUUUUUACCUACUUAUUGGAAUUUUUUGCUUUUAUUGUUUCUACUUCCUGUUUAAAUAUUUUACUGUUGUACGUUUCUUUGUUUCUGUUGGAUUUUUUAGUUUUUACUGUAGUGAUUUUUAUUUAUUUACAUUCCCUUAUUGACUUAUUAUUUGUGGUUUUGCUAGUCAGUGCAGCACUUUGGAAACAGUGUUUAUAAAAUGUGCUAUAUAAAUAAAGUGGAUUGGAUAAGAGAAUAAAGUCAAUAUCAUGGGAAUAAAAAUCAUCAUUCCCGUGAUAUUGACUUUAACAUAACUUACAAAAAAUGGAAUUUGUCCUUUUUAUGUUUAAUUUCAAUUUACAAGACAAACCUGAAAUAGUUGGACAUAAAAAAACAGAAAUGGAAAAAACAGCUUUAAUUUUACGAGAGUAAAAGUCAAAACGAAAAAGUAGUUUUCUAACAAGAGAUAAAAAAGUUGCAAUUUUAUAAGAAACUUGUAAUAAAAAGAAAAAUGAAAUUUUAGUAGCAGAGUUGCAAUGUUAAAGAAUUUUAUUUGUUAUUUUUUUAAAGGACGUAAUAUUAUGAAAAACAAAAUAGUCACUUUUGGAAAAUGAGGUUGAAGAAAAAGUUCCAACAUGGGAAAGCAAAAUAUCCACGUCUUCAAUAUCAAAGUGGCCCUUGCAGCCUUUUAUUUUUCAGUAUGUGGCCCUCACUGGAAAAACUUUGGACACCCCUGCUCGAACCGAAGCCAUUUUUCCCGUCAGAAGAAAUGUAAACCCAACUAGCCGUUCCAGAAAGCCAAAACACAUUUUUAGAGUUUUACAAAUUUAGUUUGACACGCACAAAACAAUUAGAAAUGCAUAUAAAUGAGGAAUGAAAGCGACACAUGAACAUUUAAGAUGACUUUUACCUUCAAUGAAGACGUGAUCGUUCCCCAAGACGCCUUGCGGCAGCGAGAUCAACCACCAUCAUCUUCCGUGAGUCGUUUCUCACCUCAAUACGUAACCCCAAAUAAAGCUCCAAGUGCCAGCAUUUUGAUAAAGAAGGUGAGAAAUAACUCAUGGCAAAACAGGAAGGUGGUGUCUUUGGGAACAGUAGUGUUGAGUGAAGGUAAAAGUAACCUAGCUUUCAUUUGGUAUUUAUAUGCAUUUACAAUUGUUUCAUGCGCACAAAACUACUUUAAACCACUUUAACUUUAAAACCAUAAAAACGUGUUUUUUUUGGGGGGGGUGUUACAGUCUUAAAACAUAUAGAAUCAUUGGAAACCAACUUGGCUGUUUUGUGGAUUUCACUUAUUGCGGGCUAUUUUGGCAACCUAUCCCCCGUGAUAAAGGAGGGAACACUGUAUUUGUAAAGUAACACCUUGCCCAAAACAAGCUAGUCAGUUUGCCCUGCUUUGUACCGUUAUCUUGCUGACACACCCCUCCGUGCACUUCUGUCAAGUGCGACUGCAAAAUAACCCACCACGGGGCCAAAGAAAGUUGCAAGUGCCAGCACGUUGAUGGAGGGGAGAGACACUAUUGGAUGUGAUCUGGCCAGGAAGCACAGGAAGUACACAGCAUGAGCUCCACCUAGCCAUCAUUUCUACAUUAUUUCAUCAUUUGUUACCAUAUUUGGUCCUAUGAGGAAAAAUUGCCUUUUUGUCGAAGCUUUUGGAACAAAUGAAUAACAAAAUCCGUGAUAUCGCUGUAUAAAGUAUUGGUAUCAGCAUCCUGGCCCGGUAUUUUUACUUGCAGUAUGGCUCACCCCUUGUGAACGUUCUUAACGGAACGUUAUUUCACUUGCAUCACUUUGAUGCGUAGAAACGAAAGCAGUCAGGAGGAGGAGUUCAAACGCUGAAGGUACUACCAAAUACGUU